AUGCUACAGCUGCCACGGCCGCAGUCCCUACAGCAGAAGUUGGUACUUCUCAGGAGGUUGACCAAGUGUUUGAACCAGCUGAUACCUUGCCCUCCCGGAGUGAGGCAGCCGCUGUGCAGCCCAUCGUUGGGAUCAGUCAGAGAGUGCAGAUGAACUCUAAAGAAAAGAAGGACUUGGGGACACUAGGGUAUGUGCUGGGGCUGAUCAUGAUGGUGAUAAUCAUUGCCAUUGGAGCUGGCAUUGUCCUGGGAUACAUCUAUAAGAGGGGGAAAGACCUGAAGGAAAAGCAUGAACAGAAAGUUUAUGAGCGUGAAAUGCAGCGCAUCACACUGCCGCUCUCAGCAUUCACCAAUCCUGCCUGUGAGCUUGUAGAUGAGAACACAAUUGUGGUGCACACCAGCCAGACGCCUGUGGAAGACACGUGUGAUGGCAGUGGCCCUCUUAUGGGUCAGGCGGGUACUCCUGGUGCCUGAGCAGCUUGGGCAGGAGCGGUACAGGCUGAGCAAAGCCUCCAGCUUCCCACUGUGAGUGCGAGGGUUGCGUGUGUUCAUUUCUAUUUUGUUUUCUUUUUGAUGAAAGCCAGAUGAAGGUGAUGCAGAGGGACAGAGCAAUGGGCUAUUCAUAAUGAUCUGUUUGAGGGACACCAUUCAGUGCAUGACCAGCUGGGGUCUGGUGUGGUAGACCCUGCUGCUUCCUCCUACCUAUCUCCAUGGCGUACCAGGGAGCUGGGGGGGGAUGAUGGGCUGGACUCACAAUUGGCCACAGAUCCUGUAGUUCGCAGUGUGGUCUUCCUCUUUUUCUGUUCCUUUCCUAUUUAACGGUG